AUGGCAAUACUCAAAUUUCCUGGUGAGAUCCGUCAGAAUUUUAUUGUUUUGAAAGGUGCUGUAUAAUGCUAAGCAUCCCCUUAACCCUUUAAUACUUUCCCGCUUAAGAUAGUUAUCCCUUAAGGCUUCCCUUUCCAUCCUCCUAGAGUCUUCCUAGAUAUGCAAAUAUCAAUUAAGUUGCUAUAGUCAAAGACAUAUCUUGGAUAGAUGAAUGCUUUUAAGAUUCCCUAUCUUAACAGCUGGACAAAUAGUGCAUAAUAAAAAUCAAAUUUGGUUGAUUUGAUGGGUUAUAUUGUAGGUAUUUUGACUAAUGAUCCACCAGUUGAGUAAGGAUUGAAUGCUGCAAUGAUGAAUAACUAUGGAGGCAGCUUUCCCUAAUAAUAGGUUCAGCCUUAACCAUACUAACAGCAACAGUAGUAAUAGCCGUAUGGUCAGCAAAACGUUGCUGGAUAAAACUAUGGAGCUGCUAACUAUAAUUUUGGUGGUUCUUAAAUGACAUCUCAAGCUGAAGAGUUGUUAGAAAAGAUUGAUAGAUAUGGAGGAGAGUAUGCAGCUAAUGCAACUUAGACUCUUAAUAAAUUGAUUGAAGCCAAAGUUUAGCUUUAUGAAAAUAAAAGAGCUAUUGAUGACAAACUUGAAAGUUUAAGAUAAAACAGUGGUAUGCUUGAAUAAAACAUAGCUGCUUUGAAUCAUCAUAAUCAGAAAUUAAGCUAAUUUGUUACAGAACAGGGAUCUUCACAUGAAAUUAAUGAGGAAAACAUUAACUCCUACGUUUAUCCAAGCUCAGCAUACUCAGAUAAGAUAAUUGACUUGACAGCAAAGGAAUCUGCAUUUGAGGACUGCUUGGUCGCUCUCAAAAAAGCCUAUGAAAAGGAUUAGAUGAAUCUCUAAGAAUUCUUAAAGAGUAUAAGAUAAAUAUCAAAUAGACAAUUCAAAGCAACUUUAAAAAGAAAUAAAAUUGUGGCUGCUCUUAGUAACGGAAUGGGAUAGGCUGUCAGAUCUUGA